AUGCCGGCUAGCAACGGACUUCAGAUCCCCCAGGACAAGGCGGUCCUCUCGCCUGCUCAGGCGCUUGAGCACCUCAAGACCUACGCCAACGGCGAUGGUCUCAGCAUGGCCGAGCUCAUCGACUCGCGCCAGCACGGCGGUCUCACCUACAACGACUUCCUCGUUCUCCCUGGCUUCAUCAACUUCAACGCUUCAGACGUGAGCCUCCGCACCAAGGUCACCAAGAACGUCACCCUCAACACCCCCUUCCUCUCGUCGCCCAUGGACACUGUCACCGAGACCGAGAUGGCCAUCGCCAUGGGUCUCAUGGGUGGCAUGGGUGUCAUUCACAACAACAUGAGCCCCCAGGAGCAGGCGAGUGUCGUUCGCAAGGUCAAGAAGUACGAGAACGGCUUCAUCACCGAGCCUCUCUGCCUCGACCCCAAGGCCACCGUCGGCGACGUGCUCGAGAUCAAGGAGCGCCUUGGUUUCGGCGGUAUCCCCAUCACUGACACCGGCGCCCUGCACGGCAAGCUGCUCGGUAUCGUCACUGCCCGUGACGUUCAGUUCCGCGACACCUCGCUCCCUCUCUCCGAGGUCAUGACCACCGACCUCGUCACCGCACCCAAGGGCGUCACCCUCGAGCAGGCCAACUCCAUCCUCCGUGACAGCAAGAAGGGCAAGCUCCCCAUCGUCGAUGGUGAGGGCCGUCUCCUCGCCUUGCUCGCCCGCUCCGACUUGCUCAAGAACCAGAACUACCCUCUUGCAUCCAAGCGUCCCGACAGCAAGCAGCUCUACUGUGCCGCUGCCAUUGGCACGCGCCCCUCGGACCGCGAGCGUCUCGGUCUCCUCGUUGAGGCUGGCCUCGAUGUCGUCAUCCUUGACUCGUCGCAGGGCAACUCGGUCUACCAGAUCGAGAUGAUCCAGUGGAUCAAGCAGACCUACCCUCACGUCGACGUUGUCGCCGGUAACGUUGUGACCCGCGAGCAGGCUGCCAGCCUCAUCGCUGCUGGUGCUGACGCUCUCCGUGUCGGCAUGGGCUCUGGAUCCAUCUGCAUCACUCAAGAGGUCAUGGCCGUCGGCCGACCUCAGGGAACUGCCGUUCACGCCGUUGCCGAGUUCGCCUCCAAGUUCGGUGUCCCCGUCAUUGCCGACGGUGGUAUCUCGAACGUCGGUCACAUCGCGAAAGCCCUCGCACUCGGCGCCUCUGCCGUCAUGAUGGGUGGUCUGCUCGCCGGAACCACCGAGUCGCCCGGUGACUACUUCUACCGCGACGGCAAGCGUCUCAAGGGCUACCGUGGCAUGGGCUCCAUCGAGGCCAUGGAGCACCAGAAGAAGGGUCGCAUCGCCGGCGCCACCGGCAAGGGCGCCGCCAAAGCCGACAAGGUGGCCGCCGACGAGAACGCCGCUACCCAGCGCUACUUCUCCGAGAGCGACGCCGUCAAGGUCGCUCAGGGUGUCGCCGGUGCCGUGCAGGACAAGGGAAGCGUCAAGAAGUUCCUCCCUUACCUCUACACGGGUCUGCAGCACAGUCUGCAGGACAUGGGUGUUCCUCAUCUGUACCAGUUGAGGCCAGCCGUUGGGUCUGGCCAGGUGAGGUUCGAGCUCAGGACUGCCAGUGCUCAGGUCGAGGGUGGCGUGCAUGGCCUGCACAGCUACGAGAAGCGUCUCUUCUCUUCUUAG